CUCUGAUAAUUGUGACGUGACGUAACCAGUAAUCACACAUUACUUUAACCUCCAAAAUUUUCAAAAUCCGUAAAAAGUUAACACAAAAAUCUGGAAUAUGAUAUCAAAUCACGGCAAUCAAGAAAUAUCUGACCCAGUCGAACAAAUGUUGAAGAAAACAGGAUGCAUAGAAUUACACUAUAAAGUACAGGAAUGUAUUGCGGAAACUCGUGAUUGGAGAAAGUGUCAAGAUAGUGUUUCAGAUUUCAAAAAAUGUAUGGAUGAAUAUAAUAGACGAAAAUUGCCUAGCCCAACAUAACCUAGGCAGUCUCAGAGAAGUUGAAAUAUUUUUAAAAAAUACUUUAUUGUAAUUGUAUAUAAAAUAUCGACUAUAAUUGUUUAUAUAACAUCAAUUUUUUUUUAUGUGUUGACUGGAUAGAAAUCGUUUACGUUACGAGAAUUUUAAUUCAUUUAACAGGAUUUUUCACAGAUGUUAAAAUCAAUCGUAUGGUAAAUCAAAAGAUAUAGGUAGACGUUACUAUAUUGCACACAAAUCAUAAUACACUACACUGAUCACUGAAGAAGGUUUAAUUUUUAAUUCUAAUUUCAUAUUGGAAUGCACAAAACAUAUACAUAUACACUGAAGGAGGAAGGUUAAAUUUCAUGCUAUUCAGUGGCAACACGGUGACUUGUGUGGUUGUCAGCGGCCAUUUUUUGAGGGUGCGACACGGUUGCCAGACUGUACAUUAAUACCUCGCAACGUUGCCAGCUCUACAAAUAAAUCUGAUAUUGCUAUAUAUAUAUAGAAAUUGGGUUAUUAACAUUUUGCGCUAUCUUGACGAAUAAGUGCUUUUUUGUAUAUUAAAAUAGCAACGUCAAUAACACAAGCUGUUAUAAGAUCACUCAUAUCCACUCACUAAUCUGGAAAGGUUCAGAAGAAAAACAUAUACUGCAAAUAUCUAAAUAUAUAUUUAUUAUAUAAAUCUCAUACAUUUUCC